AUGGCCGCGCCGACCGGCAGCGUCGUGGAGGGCUCUGAGCGCGUCAAGAAGGGACUGCCCUCGAUGCUGAAGGGCGGCGUGAUCAUGGAUGUCAUGAACCCUGAGCAGGCAAAGAUUGCCGAGGCCGCUGGAGCGUGUGCCGUCAUGGCGCUCGAGCGCAUUCCUGCAGACAUCCGCACCCAGAAGGGCGUCGCUCGCAUGUCCGACCCCAAAAUGAUCAAGGAGAUCAUCAACGCGGUCUCCAUCCCGGUGAUGGCCAAGUGCCGCAUCGGCCACUUCGUGGAGGCCCAGGUGCUCCAGGAGCUCGGCAUCGACUGCAUCGACGAGAGCGAGGUGCUCACGGUCGCGGACCAUCACAACCAUGUCAACAAGAACAAGUUCAAGGUCCCCUUCGUGUGCGGGUGCAGGAACCUGGGCGAGGCGCUGCGGCGCGUCGCCGAGGGUUGCAGCAUGAUCCGCACUAAGGGCGAGGCCGGAACUGGAGACGUGAACUCGGCGGUGAUGCACGUCCGCACGCUUCACAAGGAUAGGAUUCGGAAUUUGCAGCUGAUGGACGACGACGAGAUCUUCACAUACGGUAAGGAAAUCGGCGCUCCCGUGGAGCUGCUGAGGCAGGUGAAGAAGGACGGCCGUCUGCCCGUCGUCAACUUCGCCGCGGGGGGGGUGGCCACGCCCGCAGACGCCGCGCUGUGCAUGCAGAUGGGCGUGGACGGCGUGUUCGUUGGCAGCGGCAUCUUCAAGUCCUCCGAGCCCAAGAAGCGCGCCCGCGCCAUCGUCAAGGCCAGGAGAAGCAGAAGCCGCCUGGGUGUUGGCCGAGGUAUCCGAGAACAUUGGGGAGCCGAUGACCGGGAUCAGUUGCGAUGA